GACGGUUCGGACAUUUUCGGGGAGCGUCUCUCUGCCGCUGCAGCUCGUGUGUGGAGUGGACCAGACCCGUUAUUAAUACAGAUAUCUGAAAUCGCGGGCGAAAUUGUGUGCAUCUAAAUAGAUUUCGGAGUCUGUUGUUUGACACACCGUCCUCCUCUGUAAAUGCAGGCCAUUAAAUGCGUGGUUGUCGGCGAUGGUGCUGUGGGAAAGACAUGCCUUCUCAUCAGCUACACCACCAACGCCUUCCCCGGGGAGUACAUCCCCACUGUGUUUGAUAACUACUCGGCCAACGUGAUGGUGGACGGGAAGCCGGUGAAUCUGGGCCUGUGGGACACGGCGGGUCAGGAGGACUACGACAGACUCCGCCCGCUAUCUUACCCCCAGACGGACGUGUUCCUGAUCUGCUUCUCCCUGGUCAGCCCCGCCUCCUUCGAGAACGUUAGAGCCAAGUGGUACCCGGAGGUCCGACACCACUGUCCCAACACCCCCAUCAUCCUGGUCGGGACCAAGCUGGACCUCCGGGACGAUAAGGACACCAUCGAGCGUCUUCGGGACAAGAAGCUGGCGCCCAUCACGUACCCGCAGGGGCUGGCCAUGGCUCGGGAGAUUGGCGCGGUGAAGUACCUGGAGUGCUCGGCGCUGACCCAGCGAGGGCUGAAGACGGUUUUCGACGAGGCGAUCCGGGCCGUCCUCUGCCCACCGCCCGUCAAGAAGCGGGGCAAGAAGUGCGCCAUCGUCUGAUUGGUGG